UGCCCUGUUCCGGGGGAAGGAGCAAGUACCACAGCAGCGAGACUUUUCCCUUCUCUGAUUCAGGAAGGUGCUAGACAAAAACAUGGAAUUCAUUUCCCCAACAGUGGUUAUAAUCUUAGGUUGUGUUGUUCUUUUAUUAUUUCUUCAGUGGAAGAACUUGCGUGGACCCCCGUGCAUAGGGGGCUGGAUUCCUUGGAUUGGAGCUGGACUUGAGUUUGGAAAAACCCCUCUAGAAUUUAUAGAGAAAGCAAGAAUCAAGUAUGGACCGAUAUUUACAAUCGUCGCUAUGGGCACCCGAAUGACCUUUGUUACUGAAGAAGAGGGAAUUAAUGUGUUUCUAAAAUCCAAAGAAGUAAAUUUUGAACUAGCAGUGCAAAAUCCCGUCUAUCGUACAGCAUCAAUCCCAAAGAAUAUCUUUUUAAAACUGCAUGAGAAACUUUAUAUCGUGGUGAAAGGGAAAAUGGGGACUUUCAACCUAUAUCGAUUCACUGGACAACUGACUGAAGAAUUACACGAACAGCUGGAGAAUUUAGGCCCUCGUGGGACCAUGGACCUGAACAACUUAGUGAGGCAUCUCCUUUACCCAGUCACAGUGAACGUGCUCUUUAAAAAAGGUCUGUUUCCCACAAAUGAGAGGAAAAUCAGGGAGUUCCAUCAGCACUUUCAAGCUUAUGAUGAAGGUUUCGAAUAUGGGUCCCAGUUGCCAGAAUGUCUCCUCAGAAACUGGUCAAAAUCCAAAAAGUGGCUUCUAGCACUUUUUGAGAAAAACAUUCCAGAUAUAAAAACAUGCAAAUCUGCAAAAGAUAAUUCCCCGACAGUAAUGCAGGCUCUGCUGGAUCUCCUAGAGAUGGAAACAAAUGAACAAAAGAGUCCCAAUUAUGGGCUCUUACUACUUUGGGCUUCUCUGUCCAAUGCUGUCCCUGUUGCAUUUUGGACAUUUGCAUUUGUCCUCUCUCAUCCCAAUAUCCACAGGACCAUUGUGGAAGGCAUAUCAUCUGUGUUUGGCACAGCAGGUAAAGAUAAGAUUAAAGUGUCUGAGGAUGACUUGAAGAAACUCCCUCUAAUUAAAUGGUGUAUUUUGGAAACCAUUCGUUUAAGAGCCCCUGGUGUCAUUACUAGAAAAGUGCUGAAGCCAGUUAAAAUUUUGAAUUAUACCGUUCCCUCUGGUGACUUGUUGAUGAUGUCUCCAUUUUGGCUACAUAGAAAUCCAAAGUAUUUUCCUGAACCUGACCUGUUCAAGCCUGAACGUUGGAAAAAGGCAAAUUUAGAGAAGCAUGCUUUCUUGGACUGCUUCAUGGCAUUUGGGAGUGGGAAGUACCAGUGUCCUGGAAGGUGGCUGGCUCUGUUGGAGAUUCAAAUAUUUAUUAUUUUAAUAUUGUAUUAUUAUGACUGUAGUCUUCUAGACCCAUUGCCAAGACAGAGUUCUCUCCAUUUGGUGGGUGUCCAGCAGCCGGAAGGACAAUGCCGAAUUCAAUUUAAACAAAGAAAAUGACGUCUGCUGGGCCUAAGGAGGGCCAGGGCCUUCUGGAGGAGUGACUGCCCCCAUCCUCUAGCCUGGCAGCACCUAGACCUGAGUUUGACUGAAACGUAUCACUGAAUUUUGUUUAAGGAUUUAGUUCAAGACAAUGUCCAGAUGGGAUGUGUGUUUGGUAUCUCAAGAGUAGACCAAGAAUCUGACAUCACUCUAUAUCUAUUGAUACAGAGACCCCAAUACAGGGUUUAUAGAAAAUGUUUCCAUGAUCCAGAAAGAGGCACUUCUUAAGAAGUUGGAAUUUGGUUUCAUGCAUUACUGUAUCAAAACUUUAAAUAGAAAUAAUGUCACUUGAAUGAAAAUUUUACUAUAUUAAAUUUACUGUGAAGACAACAUACUUAAACUUUUAUUUUGCAAAAGGCUAAAAGUCUUAGACUCUAAAAAGUAUUAAAUAAUGAUUUCUGGAGAUUUUCUAUUUUUCUUAA